GACAACACGCCUCCUUCACGAGAUCCCUUGGCUCUUGGGCAAAAUGUUGUGAGUCUGAGCGACGUGAGGAGAAAGAGUAGCUACCACGAGUGAAGAGGAAGGUCCCCCCCGCUCACCGACGGAGAGGAUAUUUUUCGCAGUUCCUGGACGAAGCGAGAGAGAAGCAGGAGAAGCAGAGUUGCAGCGGAGGCAUGAAGGUCUCGGGAGCCUCGUGCCUUCUCCUGGGCCUCCUGGCGACCCUCGCCCGCGCUCAAAAUGAUGCGGUUUGUGCGACUGCGUGUCGCUUUUCAGGCGACGGGCGGCCGGGCGUACACUUUGUUCCCGGGCAUACGUACCAAUACCAGUACGAAGGCGAGGCGGUGACCUCAGCUCAGGUCGCGGAAGGUCAGGAAUCGAGGCUUUUUGUGAGUGCGUUGGUCAGCAUCAGUGCCAGGACUCCGUGUGACCUGAAGAUGGAGGUUUCGGAAAUGGGCUCGACGGGCGUCCCGAUGGACAGGUUCGGCCGGUUCGUCACCUCCGUCCUAGCGCACGAUCUCCAUUUCAGCUACCAAGACGGCGAGAUCGAGUACCUCUGUCCUCACGAGAAGGAAGAUGUCGCGGCAACCAACUUCAAGCGAGGUAUUCUGUCGGCUCUCCAGACCACUGUGACCAAAGUGGACGACCAGACCGAAGUGGUGGUCAAGGAGAUCGACGUCGGGGGUGACUGCGAGACGAGAUACAGCAUCCAAAACACGGACAAGCUCACGGUAACGAAGAAAAAGGAAAACUGCCGCUCGAGUGCCCACUUCCCUUACUUUCCUCACGUUCGACAAGCCUCCUACUCGGCCAGCGGCGAUCUGCCAUUCUUCAGAAGAACUCAAUCUUGCCAGCUGACCCUCGGCGACGCGGUGUGGGAGCGAGCGGAUUGCACAGAGGAGCUCCACGUAGAAGGAAGCACCUCGCCCUUGGCUUCUGUGCUUCUCACUUCAAGGCUCGAGCUGAUAAAUGUCGUCGGCGCUCGUUCGGACAUCCAGGAAGGUUUCUUCUCUCUCGAUGAGCCCCUAACGAGAAAGGAGUCGCUGAGAAUGGACUUGGACAGCAGCGCCUCCUCGUCUGAGCCUCAAUUAGACCAGGAUGAGGUGAAGGCCCAGCUGGAACAGACACUCGAGUUACUGGUGGCCUCCCUUAAGGACACCGAGCUACAGGAGCAGCGCCCCUUUGCCUUCGCCGGGCUGGUGAACCUCAUGGGGCAUCUCCAGGGCGAUCUGCUGGAGGUGCUGUGGGAUGAAUACCGAAGCAAAUCUGAUUACAGAGAGUUCUUCCUCGACGCCCUGACCUCCUGUGAGCGCGAGCAGUGCAUCCGGCUGGUGGUCACCCUCGCCCAGGAGGACACGGCCGCCCUUCCUGACAGCCGCCUCAAGACGUGGCUGGCGGGCGUCCACUUCCACGCCCACGCUGACCCGCUUUCCCUCCAGCACGUUAUGGACCUCGCGAACUCCUACUCUGACGUCCCCAGCAGCGUCCUCCUGGCAGCGUCGAGCAUGGUGCAUCGCCUCUGCCGCGACGCCCCCCACCAGUGCCGCUCGCAGGCGCAGCCCUUCCUCGCGUACGUCGAGGAGAAGGUUGGCGACACCUGCGGCUACGGCGAGACGAGGGACCGGCAGCUGGAGGUGAAGCUGGUGCUCCGGGCGCUGGGCAACGCCGGCCUGCUCCCGUUCGAGGCUUUCCCGGAGAAGUGCUACGUGAACAGAGCACUGCCAUCCGACGUCCGCACGGCCGCUCUGCAAAGCUACCGCCGGCUGGGAUGCGUCCGCACGGACAGUCCGUGGCAGAUUUUAGAAGAUGAAUAUGACAACGUCGAGGUGCGAAUAAAAGCCUACCUUGCACUGGUUCCCUGCGCCUCUGAAACCCCCGGAUUCUUCAGGAGGAUUGAGAAGAUUUUGGACAGGGAGACCGUGCAUCAAGUUGGCUCCUUCCUUUGGACUCACGUUCGGAACCUGGCGGAGGAGCCCGGCGUCAGCGAGUACGACCAGGAGCUGGCUAAGCUGGCGUCCCAUCCUACACUCAAUUCCAAGUUCAACACGAAUCCCCUUCGAUCCUCACGCAAUUACCGUUAUUCCCACUUCAGUGAAAUACUGAAUGGCGGCGGGAGCAUGGACAGCAACGUGAUCUUCUCGGAUUCGUUCGUCCCGCGCCAUGCCUCUGUCAACCUCACCGUUGACAUCCUGCAGAAUUCUUUCAAUGUUUUGGAGAUCGGAGGCGACUUCGUUGCCCUUGAGGAAUACGUGGAUAGGAUUUUGGGCCGAGAGGCUUCCAAGGACCAGAUCGAGAAGGAUAAGAUCCUGAAGCUGCAGAGGCUCUAUGACGAGGCGAGGACAGUGAACGAGCUGACGGGGCUCGACGACCACGAGCCCAGGGCCUCCGUCUUCUUCAGGGUCUUUGGCCACGAGGUCGCCUACUUCGACAACGUCCUCAAAAUCAACCCCUUGGAGACGCUCCAGCAGCUCGUCAGUGAGUUUUCGGUGCCCAAAUCAUUUCAGGUGCUCAACCAGGAGUGCGUCAGCCCAACACUCCUUGGCUUUCCCCUGCGACUCAAAGUCAACGCGACCGGCUCUCUCGUCUUGACCCGUGACGGAACCUUCGAGAUGAGUGACCACGGCGUGAUGUUAGAAGGGCACCUGAACCCAUCUGCUGUCGUGGCCGUGGAAGAGACCCUGACUAUAGAUGGCUUCGGGAUUCUCAGCGGCAUCAGAAGACGAACCACGCAGACCUCCCACAUGCAACUUGGCCUGAAGGUGGAGGUGGUAAAUGGCGAGCUUGUGGACGUGCAGCUUAACGUGCCAGAGGAGGAAAUUGCCAAAGUCAGUUCUUCUGUUCAGGUGGGGCUCUAUGAUAACGUCCAGCUCGGCUGGAAUGUGCUGCAGCAGCCGGAGGAAGCAGAUGGUGAAGGACAGUGCACACCAGAGAAUUUCAAUAAAGUCGUUGGUCUCAAAUUCUGUGCAAACAGGGGUCUGGAGAUCACUCGAACUGACACUUUUGACCACUAUAAAUUCAGCUUUGAGAACAGGGAUGGGAAAGCUAAAGUCCUCUUUGAUACACCCGGUUCGUCGGUGGAUCGACAGUUCAGUAUAGAGGUGAACACUAACCCUGAAAACUUUGGCGGUUCCCUUGUGUACCCUGGGAAGCGCUACGACUUAAAAGGGGAAGCUGUGAGCACGCAGCGCAAGAAGAGGUUUAAAAUUCAAUAUCUCGAAGACUCGGACACGAAAGGGGAAUUAGACUUGCUCGUCAACAGGAGGGAUGAAGGAUUUAAGGUUUCCUACACGUCAGGAGUCAAGAUGAAGUUAAAGGGCAUCGGAGACUUCAGCCUGAGUGGGAAGCUGGCCGUUGGUGACGAUGCCCUUUCAGUGGAAGGGACCCUUAUAUCCAGUCUACAGUAUGAACCGAUAGCUUUCAAAGCCUCGUGGGAACGGGACGGGAAACAACAUAGUGUUGAAGGCCUCCUCGCUGCCGGCCAGUUAGGAUCAGCCACUGGAAGUGCCUCUGUUUCCCCGAGCAGUGUUAAAGCACAGCUGAAAGGAGACUAUAGUUACGAUCGGCCGGAACCUCACACUUUUUCCGUCACGUUGGAUUUGGCAAACCAAUCUGGAGGAAGAGGAAUGUACAAGGGACAAGUGUCAGCCACGUCGAGUCAAGCUGAGGUCAACCUUGAUGUUUCGUAUCUUUACCAAGAGAACCUUCUCGAGUUCAUGGCUGACACCACCGUCUUAGGCAAAGAGACGAAGGCGCAGCUGGUGUUGAAGAACCUCGAGUCCGAAGGCGACAGAGACGUGCAACUGAGUGCCGCUUUCUCGUGUCCUCAGCUCAACAUCGAUUACUCAGUUGGUUUCAUUUACUUGAGAACGCCCACCGCCCUCAGACUGGAGUCGGGCGUCGGUCUCGGGUCCCUGGUGCAGGCCAUGGGCGCGAUCACCUACGCCUUCGAGGAGGACCCGUUCCGAGCGCUGUCCGGCGUUCACUUAGAGCUGAACGGCUACAGAGUCAAGGCCGCGUUCGACUUCGAUCUGAGUCAGUCGCACCGCGCCCUCGGUCUCGUCAGUGCCAGCGUUGGGUCAGCGGCUUCGGAGCUUCGUGUUGACCUCCAGUACGAUCCUUCCCGGCCACUCAACGUGACCCUGGAGGCACUCGGGGGCAAUGACCCCAUGACCUCCUCGGGCGUCACCUUGCACGCCUCGUCUGACCUCUCUUGGACAGUCUUCGUGGGGGACGUGAGGGUCAAGUGGCGGGAUUGGUCAUCGAGCAUUUCCCACAACGUGACCUGGCUUCCAGACUCCAAGUCCAUCCGGGUCACUCUCGGCGACGCUCAAGUGGUGGAGCUCAAGGCGGAGACGUCUCCCGAUCUGCUCUUCUCUGUCCUCCUGAGCAGUGACAAGGCGAGCUCAGAGCCGGAAUUCCAGGCGGGAGUACAGAGGAAGUACAGUCCGGAACAAACCGACUUCCAGCUUUACCUUACGUCUGGCACCGACAAACUCUUACACCUCACUGCCGUUGUCGGAAGCAACCAAACUUUCGGCGGGAACUUUAGGCUUCUGGAGAGCCAGUUCGAGGUCAAAGGUCACUACGAGCACCCUUAUGCAGGUGACCUUCAGGGCACUGCUGUCGUGAGCAUGGUCUUGCCCUCGGGCCAAACGUACUCCAGUGACCUAGCCCUCAACCACACCUAUGAUGGGGUGACCAGGAAUCUAAUGGUGUCUUCAACGUAUGGCGACGAUAUGUUAAAAGGUCACAUGGCCAUCAGGCAAGAGGAUGGUUGGUUCUCUGAGCCCGUGCUUGCUUUUGCCCUCUCGCUGUCUACUCCUUUUACUCGCUUGGGCAAUGUAGGCUUCGCUCUGGAGAGCCACGGAGACUCCUCGCCAAGCAGCGCAGAAUUCCAAUGGGAUGAAUUGAAAGUGCGAGUGGAAGCUCAGUUGGCUGAUUUGUCGCAGUUGGAAAUGAAAUUACUCUAUGAAGAUGGGGGGACAUGUGAUUCCCACUUCCACCUUUACAACAAGUACAGUGGUGGUCAUUAUGUGACAGGCAUCAGCCUCGACCUCACAGCCUCAUAUGAUCCUUGGGUGGUUGAAGUCAACACUACUUUGGGUUAUGGGAUUUCCGACCUCAUGAUUAAUGUUGGAGCACCUGUCUUGAGCUCACCUUUCCAAGCACACCUGUCCUAUGAAUUAACCAACACCAUUUUCGAAUUCGAAGCCCAAGUUGGAGUGGCAGAUGGAGAGACAGCUGCAGUGACAUUUUCAGGACAGAGAGAGUCAGGUUGGGAUUCAGUCCAGAGGUCUGGAUCUCUGAUGGUAGACACUCCUUGGACAGAACCACUAAUACUUAAUGUCACAAACUAUCAGGAAUCAGACUUAAUUCAUGUCUCUGUAGAUUUAACUACGGCUAUAGGUGGCAUACAAUCUGUGAGAUCAGAAUUUGGGAUUUACUACACAAAGCCUGGAGAGACACUACUUCAGUUUAAUGCAACCCAUGAGCAACUAGUGAUAGGACUGGAACUAAACAACAAGCAUAGUGGUAAAGGAUACACACAACAACUAAAAGGAACUGUGAACGAUAUAGAAAUCACGUAUGCUCUAGAGACAGAGUGGGAUCACAGUCUUAUACCAGAGACGGCAGAUGGGCAGAUUGCUAUUAGCAACUUGCUUGAUCACAACCUGAAUCUGACAGUCUCACACAACAGAAACUCCAGCACAUUUUCAACGAAGAUAUUUGGAUCCUGGGGAGACCAAUUACUUAAAGCAAGUCAUAUAUUAGAAUUUCAAAACCGAUUAGACUGGUCCAGUUUAUUAAAUGUUGUUCUUCCUAGCAAAGAAGAAAUCAAAUCUGAGUUGUCUCUGUCUGCAGCUGACCUUUCUUCAUUCCAAUCAAAUCUUAACUUCACCUCACCAUGGACAGAUGAUAUAGUGACUAUGGUUACAGCAGUGCCCAAUGAUUCUUCUAUUACCUAUGAACUUAUCAGCAUUCACAGAGAUUCUGUCAUUUCAAGGGCAUCUCUGAGAAGUAAUAGAGUAUUUGGUUGGGAUCAUUCUGAUUUUAUGCUAGAAGUGUCGUCAUCCUACUUUGAGAACUGUUCCAUUGCUUGGGAACAUGGAAUGGAUUAUGGCAGUUUAGUAUCUACGGAAGUGACUUAUGGAUCUGACUUUUUGAUUCAAGCAACAAGCAACCUCACACUCAACCAAGGAUGGUUUAGCCAAGAAUUUUCAGAGUAUUUGUUACUAGCUGAAGUUAGAGCUCCAGUACAAGGGAUUAACUUUAAAACCAACUUAAUGUUUGACUCACAAUACAAUGGUAAUUUGGAAGCUCUAUGGGGAGGUUCCUCUCUAAUGGCAAAGUCUGCCAUUUUUAAUGGUGUUAUCUUCAAGACACUGGUGGAUAUACCUGGCCACAAAUACCAGGCUGAUCUUGAAUACACUGAAGGAGUCAGUGAGAUACCAGACUUUGAUUUUACACUAGCUAUACAAGAUGAAGAUAUUCUCAUUGUCAAUACUACAACUACUUCUUUGUUUCCCAAACUUGAUGUUCAGCUCACCUUCCAGGUACUGACAGCUCCAGGUGCUCUCAUGCAGACUGGAUUGCUGAAUGUGACCAUGGACUUGUCUCAAGUCGAAGACUUUACCUUCUUGGGAUCCGUAAAUUUUCUUUCAGACUUUGCAGGUUUUGAAAACUACGGGCUUCAUGUUGAGACUAACGUCAAUAUUGAUUACAAUAACUGGGAUGUAGGAUUUGACAUAAAAUUGGAUGCCAAUGAAGUGACUUACAAUUUAAGUAUGAGUGCCUCUCUUGCUUUAUAUGGACUGCCCCAUCUCAAGUACAAGAUGGCAUAUGGCAUGGAUUUGAAUGACCAGCUCCUUGACCAAAAGGAAGUAAAUUUCAUGUUUGGGAUUCACCAAUACGACAGUUAUCAGACGAAUGUUACUCUUGUACUUGGCAAUGAUAUACCUCAGUGGGCUAUGUUUAUGUCCUACAACAAUACAGGAAAAGACAUCAAGGGCUAUGUUAUUCCAGGAGAUGAGAAUAAGUACGAGGUGGCUGCCAGCCUUAAUGCUGAUAAUUUGAUCUUCAGCAGUCAAAGAGUUGGUGAUGAUGGAUCGACUUUUAUAGCUGCAGAAGGCAAAAUUACCUGGGAUGUCAAUAACCCUAGAAAACAAAUAUUACUCACCAUGAAUUCUGAUAUUAAUGCCAUUAAAGAAGUAUCUGGUGAGAUCCUCAUCACAGAAAGUCGUGGCUUUGAAGUCAGUGCAAAUUUCAUGCUAAAUCAACAGAAAUUUAUUUCCAACCUUCGGUAUGAGGCUCGUGGUUCAGGUAAUUCUGGAAGGGCUGUGUUGGUUGCAGAAAAUACAAUCUUUCUUGAGUUUAAGUUUGAAGCCAACUUCGAAUUCUUCUUCACAGAUGAAGAAUUUAAAGCAGAUUUAAAGAUAAAUGUGAAUGAUGAUGGAUACUUUAUCAAAUCACACAUGAAGGCCAGCUUAGAAGAGUCUUACAUUCGAAUUGAAAUGCCAAUUGAAGACUGGGAAAACAUAGAUCUGACAGUAAAUAUCAUGACAGAUGAAUCCUACAGGGUAGUCAUAAAAAUGAAAGUCCCUAAAUUCUGUUUCAACUUUGAUGGGAAACUUGACCAACUGUUUCUAAAUGCGAGUGUUAAUAUUAACAUCCUCGAAAACUGUUCCGCCACUGCCAUUUUUGAAUUCAAUCUGAAAUAUGAGGUGAAGGAUAAUUUCAUCAUCACAGUGUUUUCAGACUGUUAUAUACAAGGUAUUGGCAUUUUCUUCACAAUAGAAGGAGAAUGUAAAAUUGCAGUGGGCGAAUAUGAUGUCGUGCUAAAGGGUGAGUUUUACCCGGAAUAUUCACUGGGCUUAGAAUUUUCUUGGUUAUUUAAAGAAGAUGAAUAUGGGUUGAAAUUACAUGUGUACGAGAUCUCCACAGAAACCACAUAUUUUCUGUUCAGCAGCAAUUUCUCCUUCUUGAGGUCUGAAAUUAUCUUCAAAGUUCUGGAAGAGCAGAAGCUUGAACUAAAGGCAGAGUAUGAUAUUCAGCCAACUCAGAUAAUUCUAGAAGCUUCUUAUGUUCACAGUUUAUUUGGACAUUCACUUGCGGGAAAAUUGACUGGGGAAGCUAGCUUCAAAGAAACCUUCGGUGAUAUAGAGAUUCACUUCUCUACAGACUCUGCAUUUGGCCAUGCUAAUCUCGAAGUCGGCUACGAUUUCAGGAAUGAAGUCAAAAUGGGACAUCUCAGAUUAACAACAUCAAAUGGUAACGCAGAUGGCAAGCUUAAACUUCAGACGAAUGACCAGGGAUUAAGAUUAACAUUUGAUAUGUCAUCAAGUCUUCAUUCAUUCCGGAAGUAUCACUUUGAUGCUCAUUUUGAAAAUAAAAUUAAUGGUAAUACCCUGAGCAUAUAUAGCAGCCAAGACGACAUGAAAUACAACUUUACAAGCUCAGUGUCAACAACUGAAGACGGUUUCAUGGGAGGCAUUACCUUCCACAUGCCCUUCGAAAUCCUGGAAAUGUUUGAAGUAGAUUUCAGUCUUCCUCUGUCUGAGGUGUCGGAAAGAAAAUAUGUGGCCAUGGUCAGUGGGGUGACAGCUGGAGAAUAUUAUGGACUGGGCGUGAAACAUAGUCACCACGAAAACUGGAAGCAGCAAAAAACAGAACUUGAUUUCAUUACACCAGAGAAGACCAUAAGUAACUUCACAGUUUUCAUAGAGUAUGACUUCGAUGGCAAGGCAGCACUUUAUGUAAAUGGCACUAGAGGAUGCUUAGGGCUGGAAACAAACUGGCAAAACUCUGAUGUUCUGUUUGCAUUCGAAGUCCGUUCUUAUUUGACUCUGCUUGGCCUUGGUGAGCACACAGUCAGUGUAGAUAUUCCACUCCAUUUCUCACAGAGGGGAGAGGUCCGUAUUACAGCUCAGAAAACAAAUUAUGACUUCACGACCGCACUGGUAAUUGGAGAAAAUUUCAAAUAUGGGAAUGUAACCUUCAUGAUUCUACCUGAAGCAGAAGAACCCGUAAAGAGAGUUUAUGACCUUAACUAUGAAUACAAUAACCAGUUCUACCUGAAUGGCCAGUUUGAUGAGUGGAAAGUCUCGACCAGAUGGGAUUUCACGGGAGACCAAAUAUCUGCAUUAUCUGGAAAUGUCAAAAUUCAAACCAACUUUCCGGAGUAUGAGUUGAUUGAUGGAUACUGGGAUAUACAUCAGAAAGACAGCAUAUAUUCCUUACAAUUUAAAGUUGACAUGAAACAAAAGGGAAUAAUUUUUCUUUCCUCGGGCUUUGAUAAUCAUCCUCGAGGUAGUUCUGCGCCCUGGCAAGGCAUAAAACUAGACCUGCUCUUUGAUUCCCCAUUCACACUGACCCAUACGCUCCGUGCACAAUACCAUGCCCACCCUCUUAAAGUGUCAGCUACCUACAAACAUGGCUUUGACACAUUCCAGGUUGACUUCACAACUAAUUUCCAGAACAACGAGGGCACAAUUGGCUUGACUGGUAACAUCCCAGUGCCAGGAAUCUCAGUCUUCAAAGUCGAUCUCAAGUACAAAUUUUCUGAUAAAUCUCAAAAUGUUGUUAAGUUCAAGGCAAAAAUUGAGGAAACAAUUUUAGAAGUCAAUGGGAAAGCCAAAAUGGAUUGGAGUAACGGCAUAGUAGAGGCAACAGUUGCUUCUCCCUUCUUCAGCCCAGGGAGAGCGGAAUUUACCUGGUCUACUGAAAAGACUCGGGUCACUUACUGGGCCAUGCUAGAGUACAAACAACAGGAAAUUAAAGUCAAAAUGGCCCUGGAACAAACAAGCAGGUUGGUGAAAUUGGACAUUUUUGUUUCAACCCCAUUUGAGGGAUGGAAGAACAUCAAAGUCCACAUAGGAUACACUUGGUUACCCUCUGCUUUCACAUUUACAAGUGUAUUAACCAAGGAAGAAAUGCAGAUCUAUAACAUCAAAUCAUCAUUUUUGUUCAACAAUGAGAAAGUGGCAUUUAGUAUUGAGGGAUCUUUUGAACCUCUGAAAACUUCGGGAUUAUUGAUGUUUGAGUUUACUAGCACUGAAAAUGCUUAUGAAAUUAAAUUCCAAGAGCAGCUGAAUGAAUAUGAAGUUUUGGAAUUUCAUUUUGAAUUAGAUGAAUAUCACCUGGAAUGCAGGCUAAAAUAUGGAACAUUAAAAAUACUCGAAAUGAUUUUUGAUUACUACAAAGCAGAAGUCUUCUUUACAUGGGACAAAGGACAAUAUUUCAAUGUCAAAGCCAAUCAUUCAAGUACAAGUAAUGGCCGUGAAUUUAACUUUCUGUUGAAAAUCUCGGAUAACCGGCCAGUGACCGUACAGAUAACUCAUUCGUUUGGUGAUGGUCAAAAAGUAAGUAUGAUUCUUGCUUUUGGUGAGAGGCAAUACACAUUGACUGGAAAGCUGAAUGUUGAUAACAGAAAGUUACUCAUAUCUCUCAUAUUUGAAUCUUCUGAGGAUGUUGAUAAUCCAAUUACCAUUGAGGCUAUGUUUGAUUUAUACGACUUUGUAAGAGGUAAGAUGAAAGCAGUAAAAGACCUAGCAAAGAUCAGCCUAGAUUGGGGCGGCAAAAUGGAAUUGUCUCUCUCAGGACUGCGACAGAAAAAUGCAAUUAAAAUUGCAUUGGACAUCACGACUCCGUAUGAAAUUCUACCAAAACUGCUUCUGAGUUUUGAAGUUGGUCAAAAGCGCAAGCAAAAUUCCCUGGAUGUAAAAUACCAACUGUCUUGUGAAUGGUCAGAAAAAAUUGAGCUCUCAGGUUCGCUGAAGUAUAAGAGUGAUGACUUUUUGUUAAAGAAUGAGAUACAGACAACUUUCCCAGUAGUUGAAAAACUUGACUCUAAACUCUUGCUGAAGCCAAGGUACUUUGAGAUUGCUACUGAUCUGAAUGGAGAUGAAUGGAAGUUGUCUAUACGUGAGUACUCUUUCUCUCUACCAUUUUCACUAAAAGUGGACAUCAAGACCCCCCUGGAAGGUUAUGAAAGUUUGUCUUUAAUGAGCUCAGUAAAACUCAUAAAUGGGGAACUUGAUUCUGAGAUCACAUUUAACUGGCCUGAAGAGAAAGUUAUCACUUUGAAAAUCGAGGCAGAGAUGUGGAACUUAAAGGUCAAGCUCAAUACUCCUUGGACACCCUUGAGAGAAGUUCUUUUCAUUGCUUCUUUAAGGACCGAGAGUGAGGAAGUGUCAUCUAAAGUGACACUCCAGUGGGAUGACAGUAAGGUAGAAAUGACCUCUGAUGUGACUCCCAAGGAAGCUCAGAUUGUUGGGAAAUAUAACAAUGGUCAAACUGAGGUAGCCUCUGUUAGAGUUGAGUACAUCAACAAAGGCAAUAAUUUUGAAUUUGGGGUUGUUAUAGAGACCAUGUAUGAUAUCCUAAAGUUGUUUAGGACACAUUUCCAGCUGGGGCCCCAGGGAAUCUCCCUUGAAGUAUUGAUUAACGAUGUGAUGAGCCGUUUCAAGGGAAGUUACUCUGAAGGUGCAAUUAAAUUUAUCUUAGACAUUCCCUUCUUAUAUGAUUUUCAGUGGAAUUUAGAGGCUAAACAAGAUUGGACAAAACUAGACACGUAUUCAACCAUGACCUACCCAAAAGGAACCACACCAUAUAACAUUACGCUUAAUUAUGCCUUGCAAACGUCGUCACUCAUGGUAAUGUUUGAUAUUGCUGGAGAUGAAAAGAUUAUGUCUUUUGGUAUAGAUGUGUCAGAUACUUGGAAGUUUGUCAUUGUAUACUUUGGUAGUCAGAUUGAGACAACCAUCAACCCAAAUGUUAAUGAUGUCAUGAGCCUCAGAUUUGAAUCAACAGAUUUUAAUUUAGAAGUAGUGACUGUAAAUAUAAGUGUUGAUUAUGGUGAAUUUGUGAAUAUUUCAAGCAUCAUGACUACUGAUUUCAGAAACAUGAAUGUCUCUAGUCAUGUAAUGAAUAUAUCUUAUAUCAUGCAAGAAGAAAGUUUUGUCUUUGGUGCUGUGCUUACCAGCAGUUACAUUGAUGGCUCAUAUAAACUUGACACCAUUAUACCCAUGAGGAAUAUUCUGGUUGAAAAAGGGAAAGCUGUUUUGUCUUUGUUUGUUGGAGAGCAGAAGUACAUAGUCUCAUAUGUGAAUGAUAACCCUGUUGAUAUGGCAUCCAACAGAAAUUUGAGGAUUGAAUUCCCAGAAUGGAUAGCAGAUUUCUCCACGAAGGUAACUGAAGAUUCUUUUACCAUGGUAUUCUCUUACCCGGGGCCCUCCAGUAAACAUGAGCUGGUCAUCAAGUGGCCUGAAACUUCAGGUGCUGAAAACCUCUUGCUUAUGGGGGAGCUCAAUUCACCAUAUUUGGGUGAAGAUCCUGCUAGAUUUAACCUCAAGUUUGACGUUUUAGAUGAGCUGCACUUUACAUUUGACGCUGAAUUUACACACGGAGCCAAACUAAUUGAUAUUGAUGGGGAACUGCAGUAUAAUGACAAUUUGAAAGAAAUCAUUUAUAACACAAAAAUUACAUCAGAUUGGAUUGGAGACUAUGCUGUCGAUGUCCGUGUUCAGUGGAUUAAAAAUAUUGUUUUGGAUGCAACUCUAAAAAUCUAUGGAGAGAAGCAUAAUUUUAACCUCAAAAUUGAUCCAGAUACUCAUGAGGCUUUUGCAAAAGCCAGUUCUUCAUGGAUUCCCUAUAGGACCGUUGAAUUCAUGGGCAGUCUUGGAAAGGAUUUGACACCAUCCAACAUGGACAUUGAGGGUAAGCUCAGUCUGGGUGAUGGUGAGAUUCUUGUAGAAGGAAGAUUCCAGAAUGAUGGAAUAGAAACUCUUAAAUCACAUUUAAUUAUGACACACAAUAUGAAUGAAAUAUUCAAAGCAGUUUUAGACUUUGACAGUAGUGUAAGUAUAACUAAUUUAAAAUUUACUGUAACAAGCAUUGUUCCCACAAUGAAUACUGUAUUGACGGCACAGUACACAAAUUAUGAAUCUAGGGGUGUUCACGUCGACGUUCAAGGCUUCCUAGCAAUAUUUAAUGAGUUGGCUCUAGAUAUUAGAAUUGGAGAUAACUGGUAUAAUUCACACCAAGUACAUUUUGUGAUUGAGCAUCUUCUUUCUUUGCACUAUGAUUUAUCAACUGAUCCUGAUUUGCUUACUUCAUUUAUAUUUGUAUCAGGAAACACUGUAAUAUUUGCAACUGCUGAUUACAAUAUUAAUGCUGAUAACCUCUUUUCGAUAAAAAUUGAUAAUUCACUGCUACCCUUAGAAUUUGUACAAGUCAAAAUCCCUUGGCCACUGUCACUUGAAGAUACACAAGUUCAUAUUUCAUUUGUUUACGAUGCAGAAUUCACCAUGUUCGAAGCAUCUACGAAUGUGGAUUGGGAUUGUUUGGUCACUGUUAUCACGCCAUUUAAAGGCUAUGAAAAAUUCGUUUUCAAGUUCUUACUCCCUACAGUUAAAUCAGCCUUUGUGGCAAUGAUUGAAUAUCCAGGUGGGAAAUUGGGUGUAGAAGCUGUGUAUAUAUCACUUUAUAGUGCCAAGUUAGUUGUAUCCCUACCUCUGGAGAAGUAUGACAUCAUAGCUUUCCAAUAUAAUAUGCUAGAGGGAUAUCAACGGAUAGUAGAAGCACGAGUUGGUAAAGUAGGCUUCACAGUGUCUUUUCAGAUCUUGCAUCAAAAUCCUUUUACAUGCAUAGAAAUUGUCCUUCGGCUGAAUGAGAUGAGUGUUCAAGGCUGCAUAACAGAUAGACAUAGUGUAAAAAGAUAUGGAGUGGAAUUACAUCUUGAUUUUGAAUCCAUAGAUAUUUUAAGCAUACACACACUAGAUAUGCAGUUCGGCAGAGUUGUUAAUGAAAUGGAUAUAUUUAUUUUGAAAACUGACUUAGAAGAAUUAAUCAAAUUGCAGAUAGCUAAAGGAAAAGAAAAUAUAUUUGCUCUUACAACGCCCAAAAGUUUCCCAGUCUUUUUCGUGGUUAACUUGCAAAAUUCUGGAAAAGUUAACGAAUGCCGUAUGAAAGUGGGUGUAUCUCUGGGUCCAGAUCCAGACUUCGAAAAUUAUGGAUUCCACAUUCGGCAAGAGUCCUUAGAAGGAGGUCAUCAUAUCUCCCUUUCUGGUGAUGCUGCCGAAAAUAGCUUCUAUGCCGAGGGUACCUUGUCCCUAAAUUACUAUCACUUCAACGAAAGCUUGAUCUUUGAACUUAACAAGAACAGAAUUGGUUACAGAUCCACCUUCCAGGCACAUCCUGGAAUUUUAAAGAACGAAUAUAAUGGCAAUAUUGAGGUGAUGCUACCUGCGCAGACUUUACACUGGAACAUGUUUGCACUUUGUGGCUCAAGAGACGUUGCUCUGCAGUCGAGAUUUACCUGGAAUGAACUUGCUGAAGAGGUUGAAGCUAUGAAUUUUAUGGUCAAUUACAAUGACAAUACAAUAUUUGGACAAGGGGAACAUCACAUGAAGGUUGUUUUCAUGCAUCCAGAUAUCAAAGACAUUAUCUUUGAGGGCAACAUUACCCAGUACGAGGACUUCACCGUUUCUGGCAUGGCUGAAUUCCUUGACAAAAACAUUCCAGAAAUGAAUAUCACUUUGGCCUUUGAUAUGUAUCCUGUUAUGGAUGAUGGAAGACAACACUUUACAGGCAACAUAUCUCAGCUGUCAUCUGGAUUUCUGGCAGUGAUUGAUACCAAAAUUAUGAACACACCCUCUGUAAGGCUAGGUGAUUACUCAGUCAAAUACUGGAGCCUUACCAAGGAGUCCUGGGAGGAAUUGCAUUUAUCAACUGCCCUUAAUACGACAAAAGAAGCAUAUGAUUUUGCCCUGGAUAUAUCUACAUCAGAUGAUGACUGGGGAUAUGCCUAUAGAGGUGGUAUUUACUCAUGGGAAGAAUCAGGUGCCUUUUUGUUGGGUGGGAGUUCGAAGAAAUAUCAGGACUUCUGGGAAAUCGAAUCGAAGAUCAAUAAAUACUUGCCAGAAUUCAAGUUGCAACUGGGUGUCGGCCAGGGAGAGCAAGAGCCCUACGAACAAGGAAGGGUAAGGAUAGGCCUACAUAACCCACUCGAGAUGGGAGCUGUUUUAGACCACAGGAAAUUCGGGGAGUGGCGGCAAGAUGGAACUGUUGGACUGCGUCUGAAGGCGAAAAACGUUCUCCAGUUUGUGCUGGAAUACGAUCCUUCCGUGGACUCCAUGGACGACUAUUUCCUGAAAAACAUGAUUUCUCCAGCUGACCGAAUCUCCGGGAUGUGGUGGCGUGAUCUGAGGACGACUCCCCAGGCUGUUCAGGAAUGGGUUUUGGCCGAGGGUCCAACUGCCAUAGAAGUUCUUGUUAAUAAGCCUAUACUUUUUAACUUGCUGGAGAAAGAAGGAGAGAAGCUACAGUUAUUGAUAAGUGAUAUCGACGCCACGCUCACUGAAAUCAGUUUCCAUGCAGCUACAAUCUGGACCGAAGUUAUUGAGCCAUCACUUGAAACCACAUAUAGCUAUGGGAGCGCCAUAUAUGCUCAGACAGCUGAGGCUCUCAGUGGCUUCGUUGCAAUCCUGGCAGAGCAUGUAAGCGACUACGUCAGCCAGUUGGCAUUGCUGGUGCUGGAGGAGUGGACGAAGGUGGAAGAAGGCUUCUGGAAUAUCUACAUCCAGUGCGCUGCCUGGGGGGCGGAGGUAACGACACAAAUGCUAGAGGUGUUGACGCGCGCUAGCGACACGUUGAUUACUGCUUGGACAGCCGGCCUUGAGGCUGCGCAAGCUGUUCUCUCCUCGGUGCAGGCUGUGAGCGAACCCGUCUUCAAGGUCCUCUUUGAAACGUUCGCGAAAUACAUCGAAGACCUGGGAGCGGUUUUGGGAGGGCAGUGCGGGCAGGAGCUCAGUACAAGAUUCGCCGAGAUGGUGGCCUCGCUAGAACAGGACGUGGGUGGAGGAGCGAGCGUGAUCCUGGAGUUCCUGCAGACGGAGGAAUACACGAGGCGCCUCCUGCUGCUUUGGGAUGGGUUGGCAGCCUGGGCACGAGACACCGCCGCGGCCAUGCGAGACGCGGCGGCGCAGGCUGGGUCGUCCCUCGGGAGCGGAGAGGCAGCGCAGGUCGUCGGUUCCUUCGGCCGCCUCCUAAACGACGCCCUCGCCCAGAUUCAGCGCGACGGACUCCACGCCUAUAUCCAACAAAGGACAGCUGACUUGCGCACCGCAGCGGCGACCAUGGUGGAGGAGGUCCUUCGCGUCUCGAAGGAAGGACUUGAAGCUCUAGGCCAGAGCUCUCUUCUCAGGAUAAGCUUCCUUCGAUCCCUUCAUGAGGCUGCUGAAAGCCUUUACGAAAAUGUGGACACAGCAUGGCAAAAGGGGCGCGCAGGACUGGAAAUGGAACUCGAGGGCGUGCAGAAAACUCUCUAUCUCCUCGGUUCCAAAGUUCGAGCAUAUCUGGAACGCAAGAAUUACUUCCUGGACGAGAUCCUCAUCUACCAACCCUACGACUACGGUAGAAUACGCUACAACCAGUUCCUUCCUGUUCCUUGGAGAAGCUUCUUGGACUCUCCUGACUGGGCGGUCCUUACGAGGCUUUUCGUGAAGGAACCCCCUUCAGCCAAGGCGGAGAGGCUCUUGGACCUGGGAAUGCUGGAACUGGAUUCCGGCUGGCGUCCGCUUCCCCCGCCCGGAGUCCUCGUGCCCCUCAGCACAGCGCCUCGGCUCUUCACGGCCACCGCCACGGUCAUGGGCCAACACGUAACGACCUUCGACCUCCACCACUACGAGUUCCUGGGUCCCUGCUCCUACCUGCUCACCAAGGACUUCAUCGACGGCGACUUCGAGGUGGUGGGCGUGUACGAGAGUGAGUCUGGCGACGUCAGGCUGGAGUCGGUGCUCAUCCGCGCCCCUGGCACUGAUGUCACGCUCCAUGUGGACGGCACGGUUGAUGUCACCUACGCGGCGGCUCAGGUGGAGAGCGCCGACGGCCGAGCCGAGCUGAAGACGAACGACCUGGAGGUGAUCUGCAGCCGCGAGUUCCAGGGCUGCUCGAUCACCGUCACGUCCAAGUAUUUCGGCAGGCUGGGAGGCAUGCUCGGCAACUUCAACUACGAGCCUUCGGACGACCAGCAGGGUCCCGACGGCACCAGGGUGGGCAGCGUGGGCGGCCUGUCUAGGCUGUGGGCGGUGUCGACACAAGCAUGCUACCAGGCGAACCAGGCCACCCAGGUGCUCGCCCUCGACGGAGCCACGGGCGUGGAUGAAUGCCAGCGGCUGUUCCUCGGAGCCAACAGCAGUCCCUUCGUCACCUGCUUCUCGUCAGUGGACCCGCGACCCUACUUCUGGCACUGCGUCAACGACCGUAACCGGCCGCUCCAACGCCAGGGCGCGAGCAAGCGGUCGUGCGACGCUGCCGAGUCGUACCGAGUGAUCUGCGCGACGGAAGGACGCCCUCUGCCCGCCCUCGACGCCUGUCUCGGUCGUGGUACCAGCGAAGACCAAGGUGAAAACCAGGCAUCGCAGCCAGAUUCCCCGACCUGCAACACGCCCGACGGACAAGUACCAGUCGGUUGGAGUCGGAGCUUCUGGGGCGCCAAGAACGGCUCGCUGGACGUCGGCCUCGUGGUAGAACUCGCUUCCUGCAACGAGGAGAAGGACUUCGGCCAGAUGCUGAAGGAGGUGGCGAAGAGCUUCAAGAAAGCUGGAUACGAGGACGUCCGCUUCGCCCUGAUGACGUACACGAGCAGCGAGUUGGGUUCUGCCUCGGCCUUCUCUUCCGAGGGCCGCGUGGCGCCACAGCUCGAGGGCGUCCCGAUGGAGGAUUCCAAGGAUGCGCAUGGUGGCUCAGCGGCAGUCAUGAAAGCGGCGAGAACCAUGCAAUGGCGUCCCGGCGUGGGCCGCGUUCUGCUGCAGGCGUCGUGCCAGCUGUGCGACGACGGCGAGAGCGUGGCUGAGGCCCUGCGGGAGAACGACGUGGUGCUGCACGUCCUCUCGAGGCUGACGGUGACCCUCGAGGGCCCCGAGACGGCCGAGAGCAAGACCUUGGCCUGGCGUAUCUUUGGCUACGACAAGGACCUGGUCUACACGUCGUCGGACUACAGAACCUUCCAAGGAGACGCCGGCCAGAGGGAACUCCUCGAGGAACACGGGGAAUCCUGCCUAGACACGGUGCAGGACGCAGGAGGAGCCGUCUUCAACAGCAACAGAUGGAUACCCAAGAAGGCAGGCCUGACGAGAAAGUUCCUGAGUGUCCUGAGUCAGCGCCUGGCCACCGACGUCCCCGAACCGCGCUGCCACCAGUGUCGAUGCCUCGCGGACGAAGACCAGGCCAGGCUCAGCUGCAGACGCUGUGGGGAGGAGCCGGAAAUCAACGCAGUGAUGGAAAAGAUCAUUGAAGACUUCAGGGCAGAAUUCCAUACUGAUGAAUCUCCGUUGGCAUGAAAGGAAAUAACAACAACAACAACAA